AUGCUUGAACCAAAUGGAAAGCUAACAACACCAGUGGACCUGAUUAACAAUUUCUUUGUGGAAACGUUCAUGGCGGUGAGGUUUGAGCACGAGACAAUGGGUCUCGGUGUGAUAACUGGCGAUGAUGAUGUCAACCGCUAUCAACUACAGAGAAAUGAUAACUACUCUGUUGGAGGUUGCUCUAAACAACUUGUCCCUUCACAGAAUGGUUUAGAUGUACAAUCAAUCAGUUAUCGUGGAGUUGAAGGAGGCCGAUACAUCAUGGCUAGCCAAAGUGUGUUGGAAGAAAUAUUCACUGCUGAGGAAAGAGCUGUUUUAGAGAGAAACCAUAUGGAGAGGGCAAAGAAAAUGGCUGCUGGUGGCCAAUUUCAAAUGAGAUCUUUAAAUGAUUCAACCCCAAAUAGGGGGAUUGAAAUAGGACGUACGGUGGCACCAAUGUCAGUUGAUACAGAAGGGGACAGUGAGGCAUGGACUCCUAGCUUUACAGCAGCCGUUGGACUAUUAAACUUGGUCACACCAAGUAAAGAAGACUUGCAGGAACAGCUAGGAGGGUUUGAAACCCCAAACAGUAAUCCCCAAUGUUCGCAACGAAAGCCAUUUGAUAAAGGAAAGGGGAAGGUCAUGGAGAAUGAGCUCGGAGACAACCCAUCUCUGCAGCUGACAAUGGGGCGUAGCUCUGUUAGUGCAACUAAUAAGCAUGAAGAUGACACUGAGCAAACCGAUGACGACUCUUCAGACAGUAGUUUGUAUGGUGGUGAGUUAUAA